AGUUGUGUGAUUUCCUGAGGAUUCCGUUGCUGGAGCUAGGGAUAAAAGUUCAUUUAUACACACAACAACCUGCAAGUCCAGUUUCUGUUCUUCUCUCCUUCUGCCUUCCCCUUCCCCCACUUUGAACCAGAGUAGCCAAAUCGAGGCGUGCUUUAAACAACUUGAGGACUGAUUUGAAAGAGGAAGAAGAAUUUGUAUACAUUGGCUAGCAUAUGUGCCCUGCCCUCCUCUCCUCUUGAAAAUAGCAACAACUCAUCAUUUCAAAGAAGUUUGCCUAAAAGAGCAGGCGCACUGUGAAUGGUGUUUACUUUCAGGACUUCCAGGGUAUUCAUAUUUACUGUACAGCUGACCAACAAUGAUUAGCUUUCCAAGGGACGGAUAGAUUGGAUUUACUGAAGACCUGGAGCUUGCUUCUGAGAGUGAAUGCAAAAGACCCUAAAUUGUCAACCUUGAAGUUAACAGCUUAGGCUUCAUCUGAUAUUACAUCAUAAGUGCUGACCACUAACCAAGAAUAUUCGUGACGGGUACUGCAGUGCCAGAAAGAGGCACCGAGAAGACUCUCCUAGAGAAACAUGGAUGGAGUUGGAAAUCUGACAGUAUCUUCCUUCAGUAGUAAUGCAUGCAAUGACACUAUUGAUGAUUUCCGAAAUCAAGUGUAUUCCACCUUGUACUCUAUGAUCUCCGUUGUGGGCUUCUUUGGCAAUGGCUUUGUGCUCUAUAUCCUCAUAAAAACAUAUCAUGAGAAGUCAGCCUACCAAGUAUACAUGAUUAAUUUAGCAGUAGCUGAUCUACUGUGUGUGUGCACACUACCUCUCCGUGUGGUCUAUUAUGUUCACAAAGGCAUUUGGCUCUUUGGUGACUUUUUGUGUCGCCUCAGCACCUAUGCCUUGUAUGUCAACCUCUAUUGUAGCAUCUUCUUUAUGACAGCCAUGAGCUUUUUCCGAUGCAUUGCAAUUGUUUUCCCAGUCCAAAAUAUUAAUUUGGUUACACAGAAAAAAGCCAGGUUUGUGUGUGUUGGUAUUUGGAUUUUUGUGAUUUUGACUAGUUCUCCAUUUUUAAUGUCCAAAUCUUACAAAGAUGAGAAAAAUAAUACCAAGUGCUUUGAGCCUCCACAGGACAAUCAAGCUAAAUAUUAUGUCUUGGUCUUGCAUUAUGUGUCAUUAUUUUUUGGAUUUAUCAUUCCUUUCAUUAUUAUAAUUGUAUGUUACACAAUGAUCAUUUUGACCUUACUAAAAAAUUCAAUGAAGAAAAAUCUAUCAAGUCGUAAAAAAGCUAUAGGAAUGAUCAUAGUUGUGACAGCUGCCUUUUUGAUCAGCUUCAUGCCAUAUCAUAUUCAACGUACCAUUCACCUUCAUUUUUUACACAAUGAAACAAAACCCUGUGAUUCUGUCCUUAGAAUGCAAAAGUCAGUGGUCAUAACCUUGUCUCUGGCUGCAUCAAAUUGUUGCUUUGACCCUCUACUGUAUUUCUUUUCAGGGGGGAACUUUAGGAGAAGGCUGUCUACAUUCAGAAAGCAUUCUUUGUCCAGCAUGACUUAUGUACCCAAGAAGAAGACCUCCUUGCCAGAAAAAGGAGAAGAAAUAUAUAAUGAAUAGUUUAAGCCUAUUUUUUAUGAUUCCCAAAUCACUAUUUUCUCAAAUCAUUCACAAUAAAAAUAAGAACUUCCAUUAAUAAUUUUCACUUAUUUGACUUAAUGUGUACCUAUAAAUCUAUCUCAUUUAUGAAUUCACAUAAUUAGAGGUCCUAAAGACAUUUUUAGUGUUAAAAUUCAGUUCAAGUCUAUGAACUAAAUUAUAAAUGGUUUUCUGAGCUUUCACUUAAAGAUGGACAAAAUUUGUAUCUUGGCACUGUAAAAAAUAGGUCUGAGAUUAAAGUUUUCCCUCUCAAAUAAAAGCUUUACCAAGGGUGAGAACUAGCUUUUUAAGAUAUAAAUUUAGCUAAUAGUUCUCAGUGAUCCUAACAUAUUUCUUUGCAUGCAUGCCAACAGAUGAGAACUGGAGUGAGCCAGGAGCUACAUAAAAUGUACUAUCACCCUCUUUCUUUGUAGCACUGAUUGGCUAGGAAAGUAUGACCAUUUCUUUCCCUCAGGAAAAUGAUUAUGUGUUAGAACAGCCUAGUCUUCAGCCAAAUGGCCCUAAAGUCUCCAUUCAGUGUACAAUCUGGAAACUGAGGAAGGUAAAGCUAAUCAAAAGCUAGUUUGUCUCCAAUUUUCUUGUGCUUCUGCCUUAGGCUCCCAAAAGAGAAUAGUAGGGUUUUUGUUGCUCAUUGAGAUUCUUUUAGGGUACUCUCUCCCUAAACAAGAUGCAAUCCUUCCUUAAUAAAGCAGAUGACUGGCACUACCAUAUAAUAACAGAAAUAAUAUAAAAUUUAUCUAAAGAAGAGGAAAGGGAAUCUACUUUUCUACACACUUAUUAUUGGAACCACAAUGAACUGCAAUGAGUCUCUGAAUAAAAAUUUAAAUGUUGAUAUUGCAAAUUUUAAGAAGUACUUAGUUAUGCAUAUUGUAUAAACUAUAUGUAAGAAAUCUUGAUGUAUGCAUUUAUGAGUGUAAGUUUGUUAUAAGCUUUGUUAUAUUUUGUGCUUUUUACUUUUAUUAGCAUGUUGACAGGAAUACCAAAGAUAUACUUACAGUGGUUUUUAUGUUAUAGUGGAAGCUUUCUUCUUAAAAUAGCAACAGUUUGAUUAUGGCUGAAAUAUAAUAUUCAUGAGCAA